CUCUCAUUAAUCCGUAUAAGCAAAACGCAAUCGCCUACUCCUACAGUCCUACUCCUGCUGCCAUUAUACCGCCACCGCCGCUGCCAUUAUACCGCCACCGCCGCUGCCAUUGUACCGCCAUCGCCGCUGCAACGCCAACGCCACCAGAAGUACAAUCAAUAAUCAAUCAACAUGCAAUCUUCAAAGGCUUUAAACGAUGCCACAAAUAGCACGGAAACCCAACAACACCAUAGGAGAAUCAAGAAGCUGAAAUCAUCAAAUUGCGACUUCGACUUCCCUAAAUCAUACCUCGCCAACAACAACAUUAUAGUCUACGCUGAGCCUGAGUCUAAGACUGACUUCACCAAUAUGACACUCAAGCCUGAUUAUGAUAACCGUCCGCUCUGGACUUGUCCGAACGGCAGAAUUGUGCUGGAAACUUGCUCGAAAUAUUAUGAACAAGCUAGUGACUUCUUGAUCACGGUUGCUGAACCAGUUUGCAGGCAAGAAUACAUGCACGAAUACAAAUUAACCGUGCAGUCAUUAAACACUGCUGUUUCUGUUGUUGGUAUUGGGAUAGAAAAGAUCCUAAACAUCCUCACUAUCUUGUCAAAGAACAUUCUUCCUAAAGAAUUAAUUGAUAGGGUUGAAAAUAUGAAGCUGUCAGAUCCAAAAAUGUUGGAGGAAUAUGAUUUUCUUAAUGACACAAGUUGUCCUGAUAUCAACAUGCUGUUGAAGCCUAAUGUAGAACUGCGACCAUACCAGAAAAUGAGUCUCUGUAGAAUGUUUGGGAAUGGUAAAGCUAGAUCUGGCAUUAUUGUGUUACCUUGUGGGGCUGGAAAGUCUCUUGUUGGUGUAUCUGCAGCAUGCCAUAUAAAGAAGAACUGCCUUUGUCUGGCCACAAAUGCUGUCUCAGUGGAUCAAUGGGCAUCUCAGUUCAAACUUUGGUCCACUAUUAGAGACGAUGACAUAUCUUGUUUCACUUCUGAUAGCAAAGAGAGAUUACCUGAUAAUGUUGGAGUAGUUGUGACAACAUACAACAUGCUUGCUUUUAGUGGUAAACGUUCUGAACAAUCUGAGAUGAUCAUGGAACAAAUAAGAAAUACAGAAUGGGGAUUAGUUCUCAUGGAUGAGGUACACGUUGUUCCUGCUGACAUGUUUCGGAAAGUCAUCAGCAUUACAAAAUCGCAUUGCAAACUCGGUCUUACUGCUACCCUUGUGAGAGAGGAUGAUCGAAUCUCUGAUCUAAACUUCCUUAUUGGCCCCAAACUGUACGAAGCCAACUGGUUGGAUUUGGUAAAGGCUGGCUACAUUGCAAAUGUACAGUGUGCUGAAGUUAGGUGUCCGAUGACUAAGGAGUUUUUUGCCGAAUAUUUGAAGCAAAAAGUUUCCCAGAAAAAGCAGGCAUUAUAUGUGAUGAAUCCCAACAAGUUCAAAGCAUGUGAAUUCUUAAUUCGGUAUCAUGAGCGGGAGCGUGGUGACAAAAUAAUAGUUUUUGCUGAUAGCCUUUUUGCUCUCGAGGAGUAUGCAAAGAAGCUCGGGAAGCCUAUGAUUCAUGGUGGUACCAGUCAUUUUGAGAGGACUAAAGUUCUAGAGGACUUCAAGACUUCUAAGAAUGGGAACACAAUAUUUCUUUCUAAGGUGGGUGAUAACUCGAUAGAUAUACCUGAAGCAAAUGUGAUCAUUCAAAUUUCAUCCCAUGGUGGUUCAAGGCGUCAAGAAGCUCAACGUCUUGGCCGUAUUCUCAGGGCAAAGGGUUGUCUUGAAGAUAGGCUGACCGGAGGAAAGGAAGAGUAUAAUGCCUUCUUUUAUUCACUUGUAUCCACUAAUACACGGGAGAUGUAUUACUCUACUAAAAGGCAGCAGUUUUUGGUUGACCAAGGUUACAACUUUAAGGUAAUAAAAAGCUUGCCUCUUGAUUAUGGAGCAGAAGUCAGCGACCAUGCACAAGAGAUGAAUCUCCUGUAUAGGGUACUAAGAGCAAAGGAUGAGAUGUUUGAAGAUGAGGUAUCACAGGAUGGUUUACAGCAAUACAGCACUGGACAUAAGAGGCCUGCGCAUGUGAAGACCAACCCCAAACAUCCACCCAAACGGCAUCAUCUUUUCAAGAAUAGAAAGUUUUGAAUGCCCUUGUGCUGUAGCUCUGUUCCCACUGUUCAGUUUGUAAGCAGUAUAAUCCAAACAUUGUGCAUAUGCAACACGAUAGUUGAGUGUAAUUAGUGGUCUGGUGGUAAACUUACAACUUUGACAGUUUUAUGUGUAAUUAGGACAUCAGAGUACCCAAAACAGAAUGCAAGCAUAACCUUGUCCUUAGUGUCUUGGUCCAUGUCUCUGUGACUGGCCGAAACGGUGUGAUCAAGGGCUAUGCUCAACAAUUUGAUCAGUAUUUCAGUAAUGUGUCAAGGUUUUUAAGCUUCUUUUUUGUUAAUUUGUGUAAAUUUGUUUGAUUAUGAACUUCUUCAUCUGAUUGUACAUUUGCAAAACCCU